AUGACUCCUCGCUGCAAUGUUACUAUCCAACAAAACAAGCGGAUUCAAAAGAAGGCUCGCACUUCUCAAGAUGAAAAGGUUAAAAUCCCACUGUAUUCUACAAACGACCCACUUGUCUGCCUCUCAACCCUCCUCCUAUCGCAGGUCAUCGCAGAUGAUGCUUUCGCCGCCAGUGACUCGAUAACGUCUCUGGAAGAUUUAGAACGGCCUAGGGAGGCCAAAUACGUUAGACUUCCCUGGAAGGAAGAAAUGCUCGAUCGGGAAAUCACCCAGAUAGAUUAUGCCACCCUGCUGAGGCUUUGGAAGCGUUUGGUUGAUGUGGCUGGCUGUCGUGACCCAAUGCGCCCGUACUCAAUGCGAAAGCUCUCAAACCUGCCCAACGAAACUAUACUUUCACACUCCACCUCUGUGUUCAACAAAAACUACCAGCCUAGGGACUUGGGCUAUAACCUGUCAACGAUUGCGUUCCCUAAUCAUGCUGGGGGUGACAUAACCGAGAAGCUGUCGGAGCUUAUGCGCAACACGUCUUUCAUAUGGAACGAGAAUGCCCCAAUAUACCCUACCCAGGAAGACCUCGAUUCUUUUGAAAGGAACUCUCGCAUCCGCGCCUACCGUGACGAGUAUGCCAAUCUUAAAGAUGACUGCUCUCCAGAGGCUAAAAAGCAGGCCAACCGUGUUCAGUCGCAAAUAAGCAAAUCGAUCGACAUCCUGUGCGCCCGCGCAGUGGAAAGGAGGAGAGAUGAAUUCUGGAAAAAAGUCGAUCGACGUAAUGCAAAGGGCAAGGGAACAGACGAUCUUCAAACCGAACACAUCAACCCUCGGAAGGCCCGGCACCAAGACUCAAUUGUACCAGCCACACAGAUUGGUCAGAUUCUGAGCAAAGAUAAUGUUGGGUCCAACGUUUUUAGCAAUUCACUGGUUGCCUUUCUCAAGUGCAGAGAUUGCGAUAUUGAAACACUACUGGGCGAGGAUGUCGGCUCACAACAGCCCACACAGCUCAAUUCCAGCGGCCUUUCAACUGCCCCAGCUGCAAAAAUCAGUGCGUCAUCAACGGUGCUGCAGACUGGGAACGCCAUGUCAUCACGUUCCAUGGCAAACACAAUGCUCCACGAUGGCCCCCGUCGAAGAAAGCCGCCACGACGACGACGCUAA